AUGACAUGUUUUGUAACGUUCUUCCCCGAGCGGUCCUACUACCUCCGCGUCACCAAUGCCUCCACCAUCUGCAACGCCCAUGCCUCCUUCGUGUUCCUCCUAACGCAACUGCUGGUCACGCCCGUCACCCGCUUCCUCUGCUCCCACCCUGCGGUUGUGCCAUCACCACCUUCUCCCUCUCCUGCGACUGUUUUCUUCCACUCCUCUCAUGCUGACCACCACUACCUACUGCGUUCAUCUCCACCACACCCGGCCGCCCAUGACCUCGCGCCUCCACCCGGCCUGCCGACUGGCUACCCGCGCCGGGUGCGCUGCCCCGCGACUCGCCCGCGGAAACCCGUCGCUCCCCCGCGCGUUCCAAGCCUCCAACCUGGUCGCGCGCCGGCGGCACCCCGAGGUUCAGCCCCUGCUCCACUCCGCCGUCGUCCCACGCUCUCGGCCUCCACCUGCACCGCAUUGCCAUGCGCCCCCGCAAUGCAACCAAGUGCCUUCACUCCUGCACACGCCACCUCCUACAGCCUCGCACCUCCACCAGGCCUGCCAGCCGGCAGCUCGUGCUGGGUGCGCCAUCCCGUGACCCGCCCGUGGCACCCCGUCGCUCCUUCGUGGGCUCCCUGA